UUCCUUUCUGACUUUCAUUGUUUUCGACUGUCACAUUUCAAUUCAAUUUUCAAUCGCAGCACUAGUGUAAAGGAAAAAUAAUGUUGAAGGCAAUCGAAGGAGCAAAGGGAUCAAAGGGAUCGAAGGGAGCCGAAAAGCUCUCGUGCUUCACAGCGGGAUCCACUGUGCGCUGCAAGACCUGCUUCGACGAGGAAGUAUUGGGCAAGGUGGUGGCCUUCGAUGCCGGCUCCAAAAUGCUAAUGCUGGAAGCUCUCAUUAAGAAGCGUGCUGCCAGUGGCCAGAUGCUUUGUGAUAGGAGCAUCGUGAACUUGAACUUUUGUAUUGAUGUGGAGAUCGUCGAUGAGGUCGCGAUGCCGAAAAAGAUGCCAGUACCGGACGCCCUCGACCUACAGAAGUUGGAGAAGCGUCUUGACAACUCAGUAAAGCAGAGGGUCAAGUUCCUUAAGAGCUGCCAUCCGAAAGUCUCGCCCAUGGGCCAGGCACUUUAUUCCCAUUUAGCCAAUUUAUUGGGCGAAAAUCAGGUGUCCUGGCUCGAGGAGGAUAAGAAAAUCUCCAUCUUUGUGAAGCAUCAGGUGACCAUUGACCCACCCUAUGGUGUGGCCAAUGUCAAAAGUGUUAACGAGUCGACCAAGCUUCUAAAAUAUGUCCGGGGGAUUCUGCAGCAGUUCAUCAAAUAUCAAAAUUAAGUAAAACACACACACACACCACAAGAGAGUGCAACUCAACAACAACAACAAAUAUUUGAAAAAACUUUGAAAUAUGUACACUCUACACCCCACAUAGACUUUGCGUUAAAUGCCUUAAGAAAACACAUCUUAAAUAUACUUUUAAUUGCUGACGACGAAGAUAUACCAAACAAGCAUCCACAGCAUGACAUUUAUAAAAUACUACAACUAUUACGUAAUGCCCAUACACAUACAUACAUAUAUUAUAUUGUAAAACUGCUUACUGUAUGGUUUCGUUAUGCAUAAAUGCUCAAAUGACAGACA